CUGUGCUCCCCCUGUCCGGACUCGAGGGAGGGGAGAGAGGGGAGGGAGGCAGGGGAGUGACUUCCAGACAACCGUCGACAACUCCGGAGUUUUCAGAGAUCAGUAAAAGAUGAGGAGUUGCGUUCUUUCAUUGAUACAGAAGAUACUGUAAAUGCAAUUCCAGGAAAUACGGCGACUCUAUCGACAACUCAGCGAUGAGAUGCGGCUGUGCCCAUCAGCGCGCUCUUAACUUUCACUCAGACAAGAAGUGCGAGCGUCCAGCGUUGAACACAGUGGAUACUGGACUCCCUGCUCAAGUCUGACAUCGUGUGUCCACAGCCGGCGUUUGGAAGAUGAACAGCACUGAAAUAUUCCUCCACUACAACUACACGGGAAAGCUGGACUACCGGCCUAACGUCGGCGCAAGCCCCGGCGCCCUGGACUUUAAAACCAUCGUGUUCCUCGUCAUUUGCAGCUUCAUCGUCCUGGAGAACCUCACUGUGCUGGUGGCCAUAUGGAGGAACCACCGGUUCCACAACCGCAUGUACUUCUUCAUCGCCAACCUGGCACUGUGCGACAUGCUGGCUGGAGUCGCCUACAUGGUCAACCUACUCCUGUCAGGAGAGAAGACCCUGCAGCUCUCACCUGCGCUGUGGUUUGUGAGGGAGGGCAGUAUGUUCGUCGCGCUUGGUGCAUCCAUUUUCAGCCUCCUGGCUAUUGCUAUAGAGAGGCACCUGACUAUGAUCAAAAUGAGGCCGUAUGACGCCAACAAGAACUACAGAGUCUUCCUGCUUAUAGGGACCUGCUGGUUAAUCGCUAUAUCUCUCGGAGCUUUGCCUAUUCUAGGCUGGAAUUGCCGGGGCAAUCUCCCUGAUUGCUCAAUAGUCCUCCCGCUCUACUCCAAGAAAUACGUAGCUUUCUGUAUCACCGUUUUCAUGGUUUUGCUCUUAGCCAUGUCAAUCCUUUACGCCCGCAUCUACAUCCUGGUUAAGUCCAGCAGCAGAAAGGUGAGCAAGCACAGCAAUUCUGAGCAUGCCAUGUCCCUGCUGCGCACGGUCAUCAUCGUAGUCGGGGUGUUCAUUGCGUGCUGGUCACCCAUCUUCGUCCUGCUCCUGGUGGAUGUGGCGUGUGAUCAACAGUGUCUAAUCCUCUACAAGGCGGACUGGUUCAUCGCAGUGGCCGUGCUCAACUCGGCCAUGAACCCGGUCAUCUACACUCUGGCCAGCCGCGAGAUGAGACGGGCCUUCCUGGGCCUGGUUUGCGGCAUUUGCUACAAGGCGAAGGUUUCCGUAAACGACAGCGGGAACAGGCAGUCUCUGGAGCCCAGCCGCAGCAGAAGCAAGUCGUGGAGCAGCCAGAACAACCCUAACCAGAGCCAGCAGGGCUCCAGGCAGGCGGAGCUGGACAAGGGGCAGGAGACGGACACAGGAAACAGCCAGGUCUCUGUGGUGGCGGGCGCAAGCAGGGGUGCUGCUGAGACUGUCCUUGAGAGCGACAGAAAAAACUGAAGAAAGGAAGAGUGAAAUAAUCUAUAUUCUUACAGGGUUGGUUCACAGUGGAGUGCAUUGGUGACGAAAGGGAUUACGAUGGGUUAAGAAUGAAGGACGCCUAAAGGGCAGAUUUGAAGCAUUUGCUGCGGGGCAGUAGUUUAAAUGUUCACGCACAACGUUAGACAGAUUGAUGCAUGAGGCAGGUAAGUUCAGUGAGUUCCCUCUUUGUCACAUCUAGUGUCCAGUGAGAACCAAGUAUCUCCAAACUUGAUCAUUUAUGCAGAAUAGUGAAAGACAGACGUCGAAUGAAACGGUGCUCUUCAUAAAACACAAUCAAAAAGUGAACAUUCACCUGCAGCUAAUAAUAAGUGCAAUUAUAGUACUGCAAAAACAAUGUAUUGAAGAAUGAUUGUAGACGAUUAUUACUUUAACAAUGAACAGCCAAAAGUAUUUAUUAUCCUCUGUAUUCUGCAAUUUCGUAUUUACUCAGUAUUAUUACAGUAUGCUGUGCAGUUACUGUGAUCGGCAUUGUACACUCAAGUGUUUUUUUGUUUUAUCGGUAGCAACAAGUUAAAAAAAAAAACAAAAAAAAAAACAGCAUUUGUUACCACUGUGCAAGUAAAGUCUAAGUGAUAACAGGGCUCCAUCUGCUGGCUGUGCUGCUGCAUGUUUUAUAUGGACUGAAGAAGCAUGAAGAGUCACAAGAGGCAUGUGAAUGCAGCAUGUGCUACAGAAAAAAGGAUUAAAUGCAGCUAUUUAUAUGAAGCAGAAAAUAUAAGCUUUUACACAAUAAAGGUAAAAAAAAAAAAAAAA